GAGCGUGGGUUUCUUGCACACAGUUUGGGACUUGGUCCCCUGGGCGACGUGCUGAAGUACCCAUGCAUUCGGAACAGCGUCCAUGGCGAACAGCGCGUCCAUGGCGAUGGCGUGAAUGAAUGCGGAUGGUGCAGCAGCCGAACGGCAUGGCCACUCACGACGAGCCAGCUUCGAUGGAUCUCCAACCCCGAGCUCCUCAUCCCCACCUGGCCCCUGCCUCCACUCCUGCGCCGCCCUCGUGACUAGACACGCCGGCAGGCGUUCAGCGUCGUCGUCCAACCGCUUCCGCUCACGCAUUCACUGCACCAUUUACUCCCUUCGCGCCACCCCCACCUACUCACUCGCUCCGUCCUCUUAAACCUAGCCGCGCCUCAGUCCAUCCACUCGCACGCGCAUGCCACCGCUGUCUUCCUAGUAGCAUCGCCGUGCCGCUGUUGAACGCACGAGAGAUCGAAGCGCGCCGCUGGCGGAGAUCUUAGUUUGGUUACAGGUCGAUCGGCGGGGAUCCGAUGGAGCUGCAGCUCGCCGCCGUGCUCGGCUCGCUCGCUCUCGGCGGCGCGGUGCUGGUGCUCUUCUUCGGCAAGUGGUGGCAGCCGCUGGCCGACACCGACCGGCGCGUCAAGGAGCUGGCCGACGCGGUGGAGGCCCUGCUGCGGCAGCGGGCGGAGGUGCUGGGCCACGACACGUCGCCGGCGUCGGACCCCGUGCGCGCGUGGCUGCGACGCGUGCAGGAGGCGCAGGACGAGCUGGCGUCCAUCAAGGAGCGCCACGACGGCGGGCAGCUCUACGUGGUCCGCCUGCUGCAGUACCUCUUCCUCCCCACGGGCCCCGUCGCGGGGCUGGCCGAGCAGCAGCUCAAGGCGGUGCGCGCGCUGCGGGAGCAGGGCGCGGCGAUCCUCGAGGCCGCGCUGGCCACGCCGCAGGAGCCGCCGCCGCUGCUCUGCGACCCGGAGGAGCUGCGGGACCUCCCCGCGGAGGCGGGGCCCGCGAGGGCCUACCUCAACGAGGCGCUCCGCUUCCUCGGCGACCGCGACGCCGCGCUCGGCUUCUGGGGCGCCGGCGGCGUGGGCAAGACCACGGCGCUGAAGCUGGUGCGCGAGGUGUGCGGCCGCGUCGCGCGCUUCGACCACGUCCUGCUCGUCGCGGCCUCCAGGGACUGCACGGUGGCCAAGCUCCAGAGGGAGGUGGUGUCCGUGCUCGGGCUGCGGGACGCGCCCACGGAGCAGGCGCAGGCCGCGGGGAUCCUGAGCUUCCUGAGGGACAAGAGCUUCCUGCUCCUGCUGGACGGCGUGUGGGAGCGCCUGGACCUGGAGAGGGUCGGCAUCCCGCAGCCGCUCGGCAUGGCAAACGGCAAGGUCAGGAAGGUCAUAGUGGCGUCGAGGAGCGAGGCGCUGUGCGCCGACAUGGGCUGCCGCAGCAAGAUCAAGAUGGAGUGCUUCAACGAGGAGGAUGCGUGGAGACUUUUUGAGGCCAACGUCGGCGGGGACGCCAUCCAUCGCCACACGGAAAUACUCACACUUGCGAGACAGGUGGCAGCAGAAUGCAAGGGCUUGCCUCUGGCCCUCGUCACCGUCGGCCGCGCCAUGUCAAAUAAGCGCACAGCAGAUGAGUGGGCUGAUGCACUCGACGCCCUCAAGCCGUCCCAGCUCUCGACCACGCCCGGCUCAGACAAGAGCACGCACGCUCUGGUGAAGUUCUGCUACGACAACCUGGAGAGCGACACGGCGAGGGAUUGCUUCCUGACCUGCGCGCUCUGGCCCGAGGAUCACAACAUCUCCAAGGACGAGCUGGUGCAGAGCUGGAUCGGGCUCGGCCUGCUCCCCGAUCUCGCCGGCGACAUCGACGAGGCGCACCGGUUCGGGCACUCGGUGAUCGCCAUCCUGGUGGCCGCGCGCCUCCUGGAGGCGGGGGACAACCACCGGUACAACAUGUUCCCGUCCGACACGCACGUCAGGCUCCACGACGUUGUGCGCGACGCGGCGCUCCGGUUCGCGCCCGGCAAGUGGCUGGUCCGCGCCGGCGCCGGGCUCAGGGAGCCCCCGCGCGAGGAGGCGCUGUGGCGCGGCGCGCGGCGCGUGUCCCUGAUGCACAACAGCAUCGAGGACGCGCCGGCCAAGGCGGGCAGCGCCCUCGCGGAGGCGCAGCCGACGUCGCUGAUGCUCCAGUGCAACCGCGCCCUCCCGAAGAGGAUGCUCCAGGCGAUCCAGCAUUUCACGAAGCUCACGUACCUGGACCUCGAGGACACCGGCAUCCAAGACGCCUUCCCCAUGGAGAUCUGCUGCCUGGUCAACCUGGAGUACCUCAACCUAUCCAAGAACAGGAUCCUGUCGCUGCCGGUGGAGCUUGGCAACCUGAGCCAGCUCAAGUACUUCUACCUGCGCGACAACUACUACAUCCAGAUCACGAUCCCGCCGGGGCUGGUCUCGCGGCUCGGGAAGCUGCAGGUCCUGGAGGUGUUCACCGCGAGCAUCGUCUCCGUCGCGGACGACUACGUCUCGCCGGUCAUCGACGACCUAGAGAGCAGCGGCGCGCGCGUGGCGUCGCUCGGCAUCUGGCUGGACACCACCCGCGACGUGGAGCGGCUCGCGCGGCUGGCGCCUGGCGUGCGCGCCCGGUCUCUCCACCUGCGCAAGCUGGACGGCACGCGCGCACUGCCGCUGCUGUCCGCGGAGCACACGCCGGAGCUCGGCGGCGUGCAGGAGAGCCUGCGGGAGCUGGUGGUCUACUCGUCCGACGUCGAGGAGAUCGUGGCCGACGCGCACGUGCCCGGGCUGGAGGUCAUCAAGUUUGGGUUCCUCACGAAGCUGCGCGCCAUGGCGUGGUCCCUCGCCGCCGCGUCCAACCUCCGCGAGGUGGCCAUGGGCGCGUGCCACUCCCUGACGCACCUGACGUGGGUGCAGCACCUCCCCUGCCUGGAGUCUCUGAACCUCAGCGGGUGCAACGGGCUGAUGAGGCUGCUGGGCGGCGCCGAGGACGGCGGCAGCGCGGCGGAGGAGGUGGUCCUGUUCCCGAGGCUGAGGCUGCUGGCGCUGCUGGGGCUGCCCAAGCUGGAGGCCGUCCGCGUGGAGGGGGAGUGCGCGUUCCCGGAGCUGCGGCGCGUGCAGACGAGGGGGUGCCCGCGGCUGAAGAGGAUCCCGCUGCGGCCGGCGCGCGGGCAGCAGGGCACCGUGCGGAUCGAGUGCGACAAGCACUGGUGGAACGCGCUGCAGUGGGCGGGCGAGGACGCCAAGGCCUGCUUCGUCCCCGUGCUCUGAGUCACCUUUGCAGUAGGCGGCGGGAGUUGCGAUUUUGACGCCGAGGGAUCGGGAGUGCUACGGCUCAGACAGCAAUAAGAUGGUUAUUUCGGAAUUUCUUCCAUUUUAUUUGGGACAAUUCGAUUUUUGGGCUAAUUCACUGCGUGUUAGCACUUGGCAGUUGGUGUCUUUGUUUUAGCUUGAUGUAUAAGAUGGUGUUUGUAUUCAAAUGUUAAUGUCUAAAGUGGUAAACUUUAGUACUAGCCUAUCCAAAUAGAAGUGCUAACAGUGUGGGUUAAACUUUAGAUAAGAGAUUCAAAAACUUUAGUAAAGGGUAUGAGUGCUAAUGUUUAGCACUUGAUUCAGCCCAUCUAAAUAGACCCUAACUCAACCAUGA